ACAAUUUCAAUGACAUUAGUUGAUUAGACAAUGACAUUUGAAAAAUAAGUCAAACCGAUCACUUUAUAGUGUAUGUACUUAAUCUGAGAAAUUAUUUGUUAUAACUGUCCGUCUUGUCCCACAAUGAUCCUACAAUCAUGAUUACAAAUAAAAAAGAUUCAGGUGUUUUAGUAUGUGGUAUACCACAUAAAAAAGUUGUGAUGUUAGCAGAUGCGAAUAUACCGUAUAAAUUUACAAUAGACAGAAACUCGAAUAGUUUGUUCUUCUGUAUAAACGCUGACGAAUUUUCAGACCAAAGUUUUCAAUCGGUCGUGUUAAACCUCGACAGUGGGUUGGCCACUAUUAUACCUGGAAUCCGUAAUGGGUUUGCGAGUGCUGUGGACCAGGCCACCGGUAACGUAUACCUCGGAGGGAGCGACGGUAUAUUCAAAUACAAUUACAGAACCAACGACAUUGAGCAGCCGGCCCUUGUCAACAGAAUAGAUAUCUUCGAUAUGUACUUUACCGACGAACUGUAUUUCGUAGACACGGCAAAGCAACAUCUCUACGUAUAUCGAGACGGAAUGAAAACAUUGGUUUCCGAACUCAAAGACAAUCUUAUUCAGCACUUUGUUAUCGAUGUCAACAGCGACAUAUAUUUUGUGAAUCCUUCUGGACUAUUUGUAUUGGAAAAAGGAAGAAAAUUCCCGAUGUUAAUUAAUGGAAAUGACGUUAGUAUUCGUGGAGCAACUACAGACGUCAAUGGCCAUCCGUAUUUUGUAGCACAAGAUGGAAUUUAUGCCAUUGAUAAAGAAAGCAAACAAUUGGCGAAGAUAGUGUCCGUAAACCGAGGCUACGGGCUCGCCUUUGACAAAGAAAAUAAUAUCGUGUACAGUGAUGAGCGUUCUGUGAACAUACUGGUUCCAUAUUAAAUCUCUAGAUACACAAAUAAAAUAGUGCAUGUUUUUUUAUGUAUAUAUGCGUCUUGGGAAUAAAUUAGCGAUUUUUACACUGUAAGAAGCGUGGUCUGAACUGAAACGUAACUUAAAAUGCCAGCCGGCGCGGAAGUGGCGUCUCGAUAAAGUGAUUGUAAACACUUUGAUUUUUGACUCAACUGAGCGGAAUAUUGGGGCUUAGUUCGCCACGCUCAGAAUUGCAAAUUGAUUUGUACAAGAUAAUUUUAAUAACCUUUUUAUUUUAUAAAUUUUUAUAGCUCUGUAUUCAAACCUAAACUUUGUGGAUACACGAAAUCUUAGAUAGGUAUAUGUGGAAACAUGUGUAAUAGAAUUAUGAUGUAUUCAAACUGAUAUAAUUGAAAAGGGCGUUACUGUUGCGCACACUGUGAGUGGUAAAAUGAAACGUAAUUUAUAUUCUUGGAGAGUCCAGCUGUGCUCGGAGGGACGGCGUUACGUUUUAAGGGAAAAUUUGGAAUGACACAAAUGGAAAUAAAUGAAUCUUGGUUUCGGUAAUUUUGAUAUUAACAGUUAUUUUCACUUGAUCUACGUCCUAGGCAACAGAGAGGAUGGAUCCAUCCUAAUUUUGCACGUUUAAUGAAGUGAUUUUUUAAUAAAAGCCUUUAAUUUUUAAACCUUGUUCUUAUUAAUAGUGUGAGUCUUGAAUACAUUAUGACGAUAUUUUAAUGAUUCCGUAUUACGACUAAAAGUUGCAAAAUUGCUUUGAGAAGCUUAGUCGGUUCCUCGGCACGCAUUUAGACAUAAGGCUUCAAGAGACUGCGAAUGAUAAUAAUUGGUAUACCAUUCCGUGCGACAUUAUUACUUG